AUGGUCCGCUCGCCUACUCCACGGAUCUCUCUUCACAUGAGACUCUUGCCCAUUGUGGUUUUCGUCGGCGGGCAUCUAUUGGAAAGCUUAGCAGCAAAAGAACAGUUUGUCUUUCGCCAUGGGUGGCAACAAGACUUCAUUCGCUUCGCCCCUCCGUCAACUUCACUGGCUAGCCGUGGCCCACCGCAGGAAGGAAGUGGCCAGAUACCUUUGAAGAUUUCCAACAACUGUGAAGCAACAAUCUGGCCGGGCAUUGCAACUCAGUCGGGCACGGGCCCUGGUACGGGCGGUUUUGAGCUUCCCUCCAGAACCACCACUGACCUCUGGGUGUCUCCUGACUGGCAGGGCCGUGUAUGGGGUCGCACGAACUGCACAGUCAAUGGAGAUUCUUGCGCAUGUGAAACGGGGGAUUGCUUCAACAAGCUAGAUUGUGAAUUCAGUGGUGCCACGCCAGCGACACUGGCCGAGUUUAACCUGGCCGGUGGAUUAAACGGCAUGCAGACCUUCUACGAUAUUUCACUUGUAGAUGGAUACAACAUACCCAUGGCCAUAACCUACAUCCCAGCAAAGAACACGACCUUCAUCCCCCCAAACCUGACCAAUGUUGCAUGCAUUGCUACCGCUGGCUGGCUCCAUACCCAGAAUGAGACCGGGACAUACUACUCAAACGCUACCUACCCGAUUCCUCUAGAGUCCUCUGAAACCAACAAUAGUAUUCGCAACUGGUGUCCUUGGGCGUUGUUGGUAUUCCCUCCGAUGAAACCUAGAGACGAUGUAUAUCACUAUCCGGACGACGCUCUUGAACGCCCCGAGUUCUCGCCCUGCCACAGUGCUUGUGCUGCAUCGGGCCGGGACCAAGAUUGUUGUAUUGGCCGAUAUCACGACCCGAAGAUCUGUAAACCAUCCUCGUACAGCAAAGCUGUAAAGGCGAUAUGUCCCGACGCGUAUAGCUUUGCCUUCGACGAUCAGCAAUCUACAUUCAUUGUUCCGAAAGGGGGCGGAUGGGAGGUAAUUAUGUGCCCUGAAGGCCGAUCGACUAACAUUCUACGCCAACUUGGGAAUGAAAUGUUUGAGCUCGCGAGUGCCGGUAGCCUUUCACAAAUGACGGUCUCCAAGCUUCGAAAUGCCACUUAUAUCAACAGUGACAAGAGUGCUGCGACCAGGCUACAGCUCCCUCCGCUUGGUAUCCCUUUGGCCACGACCCUAGUCUCGUGGUUACUGAAUUGA